UCCAUUACAUUUGGCAAGUAACGGAACGACUAGUAAUUUCCCUACUUUUCAGCUGCAACUUUAACGUUUCCACAUUAGGUUGGACGUUACUUGGGGCGGGAACAAGGGGAAGUCAGCUCCUGGCUAUGAUUGGUUAACACAAGACAUGUGCCUCACACUGAUUGGACCUCUGCGCAGACUCUCUCUUCCCUCAUGAUCUGUGUUAGGAGGCACGAGGGAAGAGGUGAAUAGGCAGGGCCUGCUAGCGUCUGAGAGGAAAAAAUGGACGCCGGAGGAAAAAGCCAGGGCAAGGACAACGGAGGAGAAGGCAGCAGCAGAAUGGAGAAGAGCUGUGGAGAGACGCCUGUUGCAGGUUUUGCUGCUGAGAGCAGCAGUCAGUUAGUGUGGCCACUUGAGUCACAGCUUGUUGAUCCUGAGGAGGCAAAACUAGAAAGUGAGGUUCAGAAAGGAGGCCCUGUGCAUGAGGAGGAGGAGGGCAUGAAGCAGUGCCAGUUGCCCACAGCCACAUCUGCAGAACAGCAAGUACCAUGGUUUGGCUUUGAGAAAGCUUGUACAUUUGUGAGCCAGAGUGGGAAAAAUGUUGUUGUACGAUGCAAUUACUGCCUUCCAAGGAUCAAAAAUCUGAGAUCAGCUGUUUCCUCCUCAUCCAAUGUGAAGAAACAUUUUGAGAGGGCACACCCUGAGAAGCUAAGAGCAAUUGAAGAAGCAAUAAAGGCAAGGAGACGUGGCCUUCCUGAACCAAUGCAUGACACCCCUCCUCCCAAAAUGACUCUGGACUUUACGAGAUUACCUCAAGGGUACCAAGAGAGUCUGACGAUCUUUACACAGGCCUUAGUGAAUGAUUUGGAAGAUCUAACCGUAACAGGAGGGUCCACGCUGGUCCUUUACGUGGAUGGUAACCUGGAUGAGCUGGAUGGGGCAGAUGCCCAUGACUGUCAACAGCUUGUUAGACUAAUUGCUACGCCACGCCCAGACCUUACCAACACUCCUAUUCCAGACCCAGAUCUGAUCUUAUUCACUGAUGGCUUUUGUGCCCGGAAUGAAUAUGGCCAACUAGAAACAGGGAUCCCAGAUAAUAUAGUUGGUGAAGAUCAAUACAAGGAACAGGAAAGCAUCAGAGGUUCUGAAGCCUCAUAUGACAAAAAUUACAAGAGGGCACUAGGGGAAUCCCAAUGA